GCCUUCCUGCUUCUUCCCUACCAGUCACACGUAAUCCAGCCUAUGGCCUGCAGCUAUCAACGAACACGUACAUGCCAGCAAGGGCCAGCCCCUUCCCGCGCUACGUGAGUGCGGACUACCGAGUGGCGCCCAGCAAGCAGGACUCGUGGGUCAUCAGUGACUUCCACUCCUGGGACUCUGUCCCCUUCCUUGGCUGGCCUGUUAAAGACCAAAAAGACUGCAGUGCUUGUUGGGCGUUUGCGCUGGUGGCGAGUGUGGAAGCGGCAUAUGGCAUUGCAAUGAAUGCAGAGGCGCCGCGGCUGUCAGUGGAGUCACUCUUUGCAGCCAUGGGGCUCACCUCCGAAGCUGACAAGUGCAGCACGGGGGGCUCUCCCACCGAGGCAUUGGAAAGGCUUCUCAUGCUGCCUCGCGGUGGAGUCACGGAGGCUGGAUCGCCUAAAAAGGUGUACCCAAUUCACGGCUUUGAGCGCACAAGGUUCAAGGGGUUUGUGGGGCUCAUGCUGGCAGUGCGACGACAACCAGUGGUGGUUCAUCUUGAAGCUUCUGCUCCGGAUUUUGCACAAUAUGACGGGACCUUCAAGUACCAGAAUCCUGGCUGCUAUACAGGCAAACUCAACCACGUCGUACUCGUUAUUGGCUACUUUGUUUUAAGAAGUGACGGGAGCCAAAAUCGAAUUGCGCCUCCGUUUUGGGUCAUCCGUAACUCGUGGGGAGUGGAGUGGGGUGACCGGGGCCACAUGCGCAUGGACAUUCAAGGAGGGGAUGGCGUGUGUGGCAUCAACGUCCUGCCUGGCAUCUACCCCAUAGUCAAGAUCCCCAAGGACCCUUGCGGCCAGAGGAGCUUCAAGGGCGAUGGUGACCUGCAGCCCAGCAUGAACCCGUGUGGGCGGUUCACAUGCCGGGCUAUUCUACGGAACAACAGCAACUCGUGUGACUGUUCUAUUCCCAACGAGUCUAAGCAGCCAUUUGUUCAGGUUGCAAACGGAUAUGGCUCCCAAACAUGUGCUUACUUGGAUGUGUGUGGGUCUGACUUGAAGAACCCGUGCUAUGUGGGCGCAUGCAUCAACGACGCCAAGGGCUCCUACUCCUGCAUCUGUCCUCCCAACUACGUUGCAAGCACAACCAUUGACAACUUCCCCACCUGCGACCCAGCCAACGUCACAGCCAGCACCGUGGUAGUGAGUGGAAGCAACUGGUGGUGCUCUGAUGUUCUCCCUAUUGUGGGCCUCUCACUUGCCGAAUUCACGCAGCAGAAUGUGGGCAUUGACUGCAAUCAUGCAUUGCCUCGUAACAUGGUGCUUCAGCUGGGAAGUCCUCUCCUCGUUCCCUGCACUGCGUUCUUCUACACGCUCAGUGGCGACACAUGCUGGUCCAUCAGCGCCCAGCUGUUCCUCACCACUAGCAACCUCACCACACUCAAUCCCGGCCUCAACUGCUCUGAGCCCUUCAAGGCGGGCCGCUCUCUGUGCAUCGAGCGCAACGCCACCUUCGCCUACACUGUGCCUCGGUGCCUGCAAUAUGGCAUGCUCACAGCACAGGACACGUGUGAGCGCCUGCUGCUGCAGGUGGCGGGGAGUGAGGAUGACCCAUCGAGGGCUGGGAAGGAGAACGCUACACGCUGGGCUGAGCUGUACCGCAACAAUCCCGGCCUCAUCUGCUCGAGUGUCAUCCCAGUAUCCGCCUCUGCUGUUGGCAGCAACACUGGCGUGCAG